AGCACCAGCCAGCCAGGCUCGAGUGCGCUCCGCCCAGAGCCACCUUUCCACGUCAAAGCCACUGACACUCCACUCAGGCUCAAGCUUUCUCGCAAGCCCGGAGCAUGCACGCUCAGCAAUACUGACACAUCAGCCUACAAGGAGAGGCGGCCUAUCAGUCCCAAAAUUGUUCCUCAGCCUGGAUGAUGUUGGACGAAGAGGAGGAGACGCUCGACUACGGUCCAGGUCUAGCAGACACUGAUGGCGAAGAGGAAGAGGAUGAGGAUGACGUGAUCAGUCUAGGCGAGCAUGAAGCAGACGAUGUGCCCGCGCCUGCGAUUGAAGAGGAUGCAUCGCCAAGUGCUGCUCGCGAGACAAAGGCAGCAGCCAGCAAGGCAGCCUAUGUCCGACCUACCAGAUCGAGUGCCAGACAAGCAGAGGCGUCUACAUCGGCAAGCACGAGCAAUGAUCGUCAAGACUCGCCCACUCGCUCCACACGUAGCUCAGCUCGUCUCAGACAGACAUCAGAUGAUUCGGCUGCAGUCUCUGAAGCUACUCAGUCCGUCGCAAAGAGUCGUCGACAGUCCAAGACCACAAAGGAGCCAACGCCUACCAGCGUCACACGGCCUCGCACGCGACAGCAAAGCUCAUCAGAUGCCAAUGCAAAUCAGUCAGAGCUCGAAGCAGUUCAAUCAACUGGGCCUGCUGAGCCUGAGAUUCCCACUCGCAAGACCAAGUCGCUCUCGCCUGCAACAUCCGGCAAGCCGAAGCUCGACUUGGUACCAGGAUGGAUUGCAAGGACCAGCAGGGAAGGAAAGGUGUACUACUUACACAAGGCGACUCGCAAGUCCCAAUGGCACCUGCCCACCGAGACAGACACGCAAAGGAUAUUGAAUGAGCUGGAGAAGCCAUCGCCAGAGACUAGUCAAGCUGCAGAGGUCGAGCCGAAGCUCGAAGCUGCUGCCGUGCCAGCUGUGGCGACAAAAGCGUCAUACAGUGGUAGACGCAAAGGCCGAGACAUCUCCAUAGCCGCUGAGUCAGAAAUCGCACCUGCGCCGGCGAUCGCAGGACCCUCAUCGCCCAAGGCGACAACGCAAGAAGCUUCAAAAUCAGCAUCCAAGACCAACGACUGGAUGAGCGAAAGGAGCAGUAGUGAAGACCUUGUCAUGAUAGAGCAAGCACAACCGCAAAGUCAGAUCGGAGUUAGCCGCCAGCAAGCCGUCGAUGUCGGAAAGGCAGACGCGAUGAAGCAGGAGACACGCAAGACAGAGAUGGACUUCCUCCAGCCUAUCGAACGCAAGCAACCGCCACCCAAGUUCGAGCCGACGCCAGAGGAGCAAGCCGCGCUGACCGGGCAACAGCCGAACGCACCUGCAGUCCAGAAGCAUAGCUACGAGAGGCCUGCUCAGCGCAACGGCAGGCAGCCCACGGACGCGUCUCGGCGGCUUUCGCCGGUUCAAACUACCGACCAACGUUCGCCCCUCUUUCGCACUGACAGGCAUGUCGGCAGCAGAGCGUACCUGGCUCAUUCGCAACGCUCGCCAAGUAUGAGCACCGUCAAUCUGCCGCCCGGCGAAGGGGCUCCUGUCAUGGCUCAAGCACCCACAGAAGCAGCGCUGCUCGCGCAAGCAGGGGGUGAUCGGGGCGGCGUAGAUACCGAUGCGGCAGUUGUCAGCCCUACACUCAGUCCUACUGUCAGGGCAGCGCGUACGGCCCGUGAGAUCCUUGACGACUUGUCGAACAAGAUGCGUGCAGCUGCAGCAGAAGAAGAGCUGAUGCAUAGAGACGCCACGCCGCCGCCUGUGCCGAUGCCGGACAACGAUGUAGACGCGAACAUUCCUGGCAAUCCUCCGUUGGAGAACUUCGGGCGAGGCUCUCCCCGUCAAGCUAUGCUAGAGCAGCAGGUGUCAAACCCAGAUGUGGCAAAAGAGCUCGGCGACGCUCAGCUGGCGACUGCCAUGCAAGAGUGGGGCGCUGAGGAUGCUACGGCAGCUGCUGUGCCCUCUGUCCCUUCCCACACGUCUGCGGGUUUGACACCGCCGGAGCCCUCUGCGCCUGCCGCGAUCGUCGAUGCCUGGUCUACGCCCAUUCAGCUGACGGCGCCGAAAGCUGUCCCGAACCAGCUCGGCCAUUCGCAGAUACCACAGACCUACGAAAAACGCGAAAGCGCGAGCGGCAGUGAGCGCGGCAGCUACAACGGUCGCGCAGACCCAGGCAAGCGCCAUGGGUACGACAGACGCGAAGCCGGACGCGAAAGCUAUCGUCGACCCGAUUCGCGGUCAAGCGUUAUUCGAGAAUCUGCACCUUCGUCCGUUUCGACAGCGAUCUCUGCGGCCGCCGAGACUCGAUGGGGUCCGCGGGUGAACGCAGCGGUGCCAAGCGGUCAGCGCAGCAAUGAGUAUCGCAGCUUCGAUGGACGCAGCAAUUCGGCGGCAGGCUAUCAGCAGCGGAAUCCCAUACAGGGCAGCUAUCACCAGCGAGGCGCUCUUAUUGACCAACAUAGUAGCACCGCAGAAAGCUCGUCUGCGCCUCAUCCAGCCGGCGUGAUAUCGACUGAAGCCGAAGCCGAAUGGUCCGUACCUAUAAUCUCGGCACCGCAAUCCGACGGCCGCGGUGAGCGUGCAAACCAGCGUGACGGUCAAUCUGGCCGAGACGCUGCGCCAAGGAGCUACGAGAGGCGUGGGGAGAGCUACAGUAAGGAAGAGCAAGUCGCCAGUCUGCGUAGCUCCGGAACGACCCGAGCACCUGAUUCGGUUGCGUCAAGAUCGGCUGCUGGCUAUGUCGACCGGACAAAGCCAUCGCCUUCAGGCGCAAGUGCGGCCAGCUAUAGCAGUCGCGAGUCUCGACAAUCACGCGAGCACUACGGUAUGCGCAAUACAUCUGAUAAGCAGGAUAUGGGACGCAAUCACGCAGAACCGGCGGCAUCGCCUGCCGAAAGGGGCGCAUGGUCUGCGUCGCGUGUACCGGCUUCACAGGUGCGCAACUUGAACCAAGCGGAGGACGCGCAGAGGCGUCAAAGCUAUGGCUCUGCUCGACAUGAACAGCAGCCUCGCGUUCACCGCGAACCCGAGGCUGCACCGCCCGCUGAUGAAGCUGCAGCUCUCGAGGAAUGGUCAGCGCCUGUGAGCGUGCCGUCUCAAAGGAAUAACUCCUCAGCAGUCAGCUACAAUGGAAGACAGCCAGGCUACGCCCGUGACAUUCACAACACCCAUCGUAACCCAGGCGAUAAUAUACGUGAUGCCUACACCCGAAACAGCUCCCGUGACAUUGCUGGUGCUGGGCCAUCUAUGCGAGGGCCUUCAGAUACUGGCUGGGGUCUUAAGUCAUCGACCCCAAGAUCGGACGAGCCAGCAGCGUAUAGUCGACCAAGCGAGCGAGCAGCCGAUACUAGCAAAACAGAAGAUCGCCACUCCGCUUACGAUCGUCCGCGCACUUCGAGAGCACCGUCGCCGUCGCUUUAUGAUCGAGCGCCGAGCCCAAAGUCCUCUGGUCAACGCAAUGAUCACGACGUCAGAGGUAGUGCACUUCAAGCAGCGCUGGCAGAGCGGGGAGAGCCGCCUGUCAAAGCUACACCAUCUGCUCCGACAACGACCUCUCGCAGGACGGAUGAAUGGUCUAAAACGCGCGAAGCGCAGCGAGGCUCUCUAGAAAGUUUCAACAGGGCAGUCAACGGCCAUAAUCAGCGUUCAUCCAUGCCAGAGCGCGAGAAUCGACCAGCUCGCCCAGAUACAGCGCCCUCUCAUGUCAAGGAUGACUGGGCGAAUUUCAUGAACAGUGGAGCGUCGCGCAAUAAGCAAGACCGUCGAGAGACCCGUCAAUCGUCGCCAGCGCCUUCGACAGCUCCGUCAUCGAAUGCGCUUGGUGGUAUGCAUCCUGCCCGUGCUGCUAUGUUGGGCAUGACGACUCCGAUGCCAUCUGCAGCCGGUCGCUACGACAGCCCCCGCAGGAGUGGGUACGCGCCAGCAAUGACUCGGCAAGCAGACGACACGCAGGCAUCAGCACGGCUAGCUGAGCGUCAUGAGACUCAACAGCGAUACGAUCGCGGUGAUAGAGCUAGCGAUGCUUCGCAGGCUGCGACACCAGCCGGGAUACCUGCCUGGGAGCGACGAAAGCAGCCGAACGAAGGUUCGGCAGCUUGGCCUGCGCCCAUCGGUAGCGCGAGUACACGUCCGUACGGAUCUUCAAUGUCUAGCAACGAAAGACAUCAACGAUCGCCCGAGCCUGACUUCUCGAACAAGCGCAAUCGUCCAGUUCAGACAAUGCCGGAAGAUGACGUAAAGCUAUCACAACCUCAAUCGAAUGCUGUGCCCGGCAUUCAUCCAAGUCGGCUGGCAUUGCUCAGUACUGGGCAGAGGCCGCAAAUCUCCAAUAGCACCGGCUGGGAAAGGCCUGGCUGGAAUCGUAAGAAUUCAGAACCCAAUCCGCCGAAUGAUCAAAAGAAUGGCUGGGGCAACCGCAACACAUCGGACACAGUGCAAGGCGCGGCUAACAGCGGGCGAGAUGACGCAAUGCCACCCCCGCAAGGUCCUGUCCGAAACGAUCACUCGGGUUGGAGCAGUCCUGUCAAGCCUACUCUUCAGCCUGCAAGCCAAGCCAGUACAUCGCAGAACGAGUAUGGCUGGAGUCGGCGGCCACCUACGUCUGGUGACCCAUCCACCAAGGCCUCAUUCUCGCGCCGCGCAGAACCGGUCGGGCUAGCAGAGCAAAGCAGGCCCGUUGCACUCGCCCCGAGCCCCUUGCCUAGCGCUCGGCAACCUAUGGAGCAACCGAAGCGGGCUCAGAGUCCCAUCGCAGGCGUCUCUGUUGAUCAAGCUCGGGAUCAACUGAGCGAGCUUGAUCCAAAACAACGCGAUGGAGUCGGAAAUGUAAGGACGGACACCCGUUGGGGUCCGCGCGCACCGAAAAUUGCUCAAGAUGAUACAACAGCUCCCGAGACAAGCUCUUCGGGCUGGAGCGACAGACUAGGACCCGCGCCGGAUCGUAAACGACGCGCGAACAGUCCUCGCGAUGCACAGUCCGACGAUCGGAGCAAGCCGAUCGAUGCAGAGAAUCUGAGCAAUGCUGCUACCCUGCUGGAUCGACUGGGUCCAGCAGGCGCUGCUACAGAUCAAGCUCGAAGCAAGAGAAGGCGUGGCAAUAAUGAUCGCGUUCGCUGCACUCCCUAAGUCUCUCCUUCAAGCCCUGACAUUUUGGCCUGUUCUCAGAGAAAUACUCCGCCGCCGCAGACGAAGCCGCUAGUGCUCAGAGUGCACGGACGCGCUGGCAGAUGAGCACAAUGCAGCCAUUUGCCAUUUAUGACAUGACAACAGGAUGUUACCUACAUUGAAGUCGUGACAACUUGACAGAGACCGAUCGUACCGUGCGCUAACGGAUGCUGUUCGAGUGGGUCUGCCUCG